AUGUGUAAGAGUUUUGGUUCAAGCUUAUCUGGUCUAGCUCUUCAGUGGUACACCAAUCUCCUGAACGAUUCCAUCGACUCAUUCGCACAGCUCACCGACACCUUCGUGGAGCAAUUCGCCAGUAGUAAAAAACUCAAGAAACUAUCGGCCGACCUGUACAGAGUAUACCAGAGAAGGGGGGAGCCGCUAAGAGAAUACGUCAGCAGAUUCAACAAAGAAAAAACUUCCAUUCCUUCCUGCAACCCUGAGACAGCCGUAGACACCUUUAGAAAGGGUCUCCUCUCGAAUGGAGAAUUAUACAAAGAACUGACAAAGCUUGGCUGCACCACGAUAGAGGACGCCUUGGCUAGAAUAGUGAUUCAGAUAAGGUGGGAAGAAGAUGAGAUGAAUCGGGCAGUACACGCCAGGUAUGACCCAAGGCGGAAUGAUAGGAGGCCAGAGCUCAGAUCAAUUGAACCCCGUUACCUACCCCUUCCACGUAACCAGAACAAAGUCAGGAAACCAUAUGACCGCCAGCCACCUAGAACCAACAACAGACCAACCGGACCGAUCCGAUACAAAAUCCCAGAAUACAACCUCAACGUCGAACCAGCCCAAGUCAUGGCGAUCAUGAAAGGAAUGGAAUCUAGCGUUAAGUGGCCAGGCAAGCUCAAUGCCGAAGCAAGGAGAGAUACGACCAAGUGGUGCGAGUUCCAUGACAACCAUGGACAUAACAUCGGGGACUGCAUUGCCCUGUGGUUGGAGGUCGCCGCACUAUUGAAGAGGGGACAUCUCCGAGACCUGUUGACAGAUAAAGGGAAUAACACCAUCAGCCAGAAAAGUACUAAAGAAACAUCUCCACCUCUACAGGAACCUACACCGAAAGGAUUCUGUUCGCUUAUCUCCGGAGGGUCAGAGAUCAAUGGGGUCAGCUACUCCUCAGCCAAACACUAUGCCAGAGCCAACAGCUACCAUGAAAUCUAA